AAUGUGACGUCAGCUGAGUGGCAGCAUUUGUGUGCCGAGAAGUUCAGGCGAUUGUUCCACUGCUGAGAGCUCUCCAUUGAACUGCACAGGGAGCCGUCUUUCUGCACAGACAAGUUCAUCCUGGCCACACAACUUGCUUAGCUCUCUGCCUAUUGUGUACUCUGCAGAGCUGUACUGCAUUCAAUCCCAGGAAUCAAUCAAGGUUCAACAACUAAAAGCUUAGAAAAUGUCACAAAGAAAAAACUUAGAAAAAUACAGAGACUUGGAUGAGGAUGCAAUCUUGAACAAACUUACUGAGGAAGAGCUAACAGCUUUGGAAGGGGAAUUGGAAGAACUGGAUCCUGAUAAUCUGCUUUUACCUGCAGGACUACGGCAAAGAGAUCAGACCAAAAAAACGGCAACAGGGCCUUUUCAAAGAGAUGCCCUCUUGGGUCAUUUAGAGAAAGAAGCCAAGGAAAUUAAGGACAGAGAAGACUUGGUACCAUUCACAGGAGAAAAAAGAGGAAAGCCAUGGAUUCCCAAGAAGACUGUAGUUGAUCCGAUAUUAGAAAAUGUGACUUUGGAACCAGAACUUGAAGAAGCUUUGGCCAAUGCCUCAGAUGCUGAACUAUGUGACAUUGCAGCUAUUCUUGGAAUGCACACACUCAUGAGUAACCAGCAGUACUAUGAAGCUCUUGCAAGCAGCAAUAUUGUCAAUAAAGAAGGUUUAAACAGUGUGAUCAAACCAACACAGUACAAACCAGUUCCAGAUGAAGAGCCUAAUUCAACAGAUGUGGACGAUACCUUGGAACAAAUAAAGAACAAUGACCCAGAUCUUGUAGAUGUCAAUCUCAACAAUAUCAGGAAUAUCCCAAUACUUACAUUAAAGGAUUACGCUGAAGCCAUGAAAACCAACACCCAUGUACAGAAAAUGAGUAUAGUUGGGACUAGAAGCAAUGACCCAGUUGCUUAUGCUUUGGCAGACAUGCUGAAGGUCAACAGUACUCUGAAGAGCUUAAAUGUGGAGUCCAAUUUCAUCAGUGGAACAGGAAUAUUGUCUAUUAUUGAAUCGCUCCAGUACAAUACAUCACUGGUAGAGCUAAAAAUAGACAAUCAGAGCCAGCCUCUCGGCAACAAAGUAGAAAUGGAAAUAGCAAGCAUGUUGGAAAAAAACUCGACCCUUUUGAAAUUCGGCUAUCAUUUUACUCAGCAAGGACCCAGACUUCGAGCAUCGAAUGCCAUGAUGAACAAUAAUGACCUUGCUCGUAUGCAUAGAACUGAUGGGCCGUGGCACAACUUUUCUGCUCUGGAUCUGGAGGAUGUAUAAUGAGGAAGAGGAGGCUGGCUGACUUGGAUGGACCAAUCUAUCCCAAAUGCCGAACUGCGGUGUAGAGUCAAGGAGGCGUCUGCACCAUAUCGCAGGGCCACUUCCAAUGAUUCUUUGUGCCAGAGUGGAAUUUGUUGAGAAAAGUUAGAGCACAAACAAUGAGUUGUACCUACUGUUACACUCAAGAUGUUACAUAUGCAUAAAUGGAUCACCGCAGUGCCAACUAACAUUUACAACUCAAGCAACCAGAUUUAAAAUGCCAGUGUUGUGAAAUUCAGUGAUUUUUGUUUGUGACCUACACAUUUUUUGCAGGCUGAGACAUCUUGCAGAGGAUCAAUCCAAAGGUUCUUCAUUUGAUCACAAGUAUUAAGUACAUAAGCCAUUAUGUUUCAAUAUUUUUUUCCCAAGAACUUUAAUCAUAUAUGUUUGCUUCUCAGUGGCAUAACUUGUUCUUAAAGGUCUGCUGCAAGCUACUAAUGAAACAUUUUCUUGAAAACAUAGUAGACACCAAUAGGAAUCUGGCCAGAGACAAAAUACAUUCUCACUGGUCCUUGAUUCUGCUUAAAUAUGUAUAUCUAAUAUGCAAUGGGCAGUGUGAUACAUGACAAGGGCUAGCAAGAAGGGAAAAUUGUUUAUGCACUUAAAAAGAGCCCUUUAUGUUGGUCCUUGGCUUAAACCUCAUGCCAUUAUUACUAAUAACAUACUGUAUGAAAGUCACAUUCUACAAGGUUAUGACUUAUGAGGAUAAACAAAAUAUAGUUUUUUGAUAAAUGCA